GUCGUCGGAUACAUGUGGAACACAACGAACACAGAAGGAGCCAUUCGCCGCGUCUCAUCCCCCGAAUACAAUGCGAAAAAGUCUCUACAAAAAAUAGACACAAAAAAAAAACUCCACUCUGUGCACCAAAUAAUACUCCCAAAUCGUAUCAAAAAAUCGUAAAAUUAACAAAUAAAUAAGUGUGUCUAAUGGAAUUGAUAAUGUGAAGUGUGGUGUUAAGGUUUACCGUUAGUGAAAUUUAACCAAUACAUUAAUAAUUCAGUUCAAUGAAAUGAAAGAGAGCAAAGCUAACAGAGAUUUGUAGAAGAAAAUAUAUAUAUAGAAAAAUUAAUUAUAAUAAAGAAUUAAAAGGAAAUUAAAAGUUAAGCCGUUUUUUUUAUUUUUGGCCAACACCGCUAAGAGGCUCAACACAAUUUGAUAAUAAUUUAAGCUUGGCCGAAAAGCUCCAGCCCCUCCCGUGUAUCAGUUGAACUACUCAGUUUCCACGUUCCCCGUUUUUUUGUUGUUUUAUUGUGAAAGUGCAACAACCACAACCACACGGAAAAAAACAAGAAAAAGAAGAAGAAGUAGAAGAAAGGGGCUGCUGCAGCAAAGAAUUAGUGGCAGUCAUCGUUUGGGGAUUACGGAAUUAUCGGGAUCCGUUUCAUUAAAAUGGAUUUAAGUCAAUGCCGAUGCGCUGAGCUGCAUUUGUGCAUGGGAUUAUCGAUUGUAAUGCGCAGUCAUCAAAUUAUGUUUGAACAACACCGCUCCAAUAGCUGCGAUACCAACAUCAUCAUCAGAAUCAGCAGCAACAACAACAGCAACAACAACAAUCACUGAAUUGGCCUCUUUGUGACCCCUUUGGAAAAACGCGCCCUAUUGACGCCCCCACCACCCUUUCAGUUCAGCCCGCCUCGCUAAAGAAGAAGAGAUUCUCGUCUUAUGAAACAAUUGAAGCACCGGCCAAAGGAGCAAAGGAGCAGACAGAGACAAAAACGAAGACCAAGGAGAAGAGACAACGGCAAUUGCGAUAGCAGCAACAACCAGGAGCACCAGGAGCAGGAGCAGCAGGAGCAGCAACAAAAACAAUAGCCACCACCACCAAAAUCGCAUCACAUUUUUAAACGGCAAUACGCAAAGAUAUGACAAGUGAUGGUGCUGUUACGUUUUGGAUAUUUUUGCUUUGUUUGAUCGCCUCGCCGCACCUGGAGGGGGGCGAGGCCGGGAGGCCCGAUGAGCUGCACAUCGGUGGCAUCUUUCCGAUAGCCGGCAAGGGAGGAUGGCAGGGCGGGCAGGCGUGCAUGCCGGCCGCAAGACUGGCGUUGGAUGAUGUCAACAAGCAGCCAAACCUGCUGCCGGGCUUCAAGCUCAUCCUGCACAGCAACGACAGCGAGUGUGAGCCCGGUUUGGGCGCCAGCGUGAUGUACAAUCUGCUAUAUAAUAAGCCGCAAAAACUAAUGUUGCUGGCGGGAUGCAGCACGGUCUGCACCACGGUGGCGGAGGCUGCCAAAAUGUGGAAUCUCAUUGUGCUCUGCUAUGGAGCCUCGAGUCCCGCCCUAUCGGAUCGCAAGAGAUUCCCCACCCUGUUCCGGACCCAUCCCUCGGCCACGGUGCACAAUCCGACGCGCAUCAAGCUGAUGAAGAAGUUCGGCUGGUCCCGAGUCGCCAUCCUGCAGCAGGCCGAGGAAGUCUUCAUUUCGACCGUAGAGGAUCUCGAGAAUCGAUGCAUGGAGGCUGGCGUUGAAAUCGUAACUAGACAAUCAUUUCUAUCCGAUCCAACAGACGCCGUGCGCAAUUUGCGACGCCAGGAUGCACGCAUCAUUGUGGGACUCUUCUACGUCGUGGCUGCCAGGCGAGUCCUUUGCGAAAUGUACAAGCAGCAGCUCUAUGGCCGGGCACAUGUCUGGUUUUUCAUAGGCUGGUAUGAGGACAACUGGUAUGAGGUCAACUUGAAGGCCGAGGGUAUCACGUGUACUGUGGAACAGAUGCGGAUUGCCGCCGAAGGACAUCUAACCACAGAAGCCCUGAUGUGGAAUCAGAACAAUCAGACAACAAUAUCCGGAAUGACUGCAGAGGAAUUUCGGCAUCGACUGAAUCAAGCAUUGAUAGACGAGGGCUAUGACAUCGAUCACGAUCGCUAUCCUGAGGGCUACCAGGAGGCGCCACUGGCCUACGAUGCCGUUUGGAGUGUGGCUCUGGCCUUUAACAAGACUAUGGAACGAUUGACCUCUGGCAGCAAAUCGCUUAGGGACUUUACCUACACGGAUAAAGAAAUAGCCGAUGAGAUCUACGCAGCCAUGAACUCUACCCAGUUUUUGGGUGUUUCGGGUGUGGUGGCAUUCAGUUCUCAGGGCGAUCGUAUUGCCCUUACCCAGAUCGAACAGAUGGUGAAUGGAAAGUACGAAAAGUUGGGCUACUACGAUACCCAAUUGGACAACCUGACAUGGUUGAACACCGAGCAAUGGAUUGGUGGCAAGGUUCCUCAAGAUAGAACAAUUGUCACGCAUGUCCUGCGCACCGUGUCCUUGCCAUUGUUUGUAUGCAUGUGCACAAUAUCCAGUUGUGGCAUCUUUGUGGCCUUUGCCUUGAUCAUCUUUAAUAUAUGGAAUAAGCAUAGAAGAGUAAUACAGUCCUCGCAUCCCGUUUGCAAUACCAUCAUGUUAUUUGGUGUCAUCAUUUGUCUAAUAUCUGUCAUCUUACUGGGUAUUGACGGACGCUUUGUCAGCCCGGAGGAAUAUCCAAAGAUAUGUCAAGCUCGAGCUUGGUUACUAUCCACCGGUUUUACAUUAGCAUAUGGUGCUAUGUUCAGCAAGGUCUGGCGUGUGCAUCGAUUUACAACUAAAGCAAAAACUGACCCAAAGAAAAAGGUAGAACCUUGGAAGCUAUACACCAUGGUUUCGGGCCUCUUAUCAAUAGAUUUAGUGAUAUUACUCUCAUGGCAGAUCUUUGAUCCGCUGCAGCGUUAUCUCGAAACAUUCCCACUCGAAGAUCCAGUAUCUACUACUGAUGAUAUUAAAAUACGUCCAGAGCUUGAGCAUUGUGAAAGUCAACGCAACUCCAUGUGGUUGGGUCUUGUCUACGGCUUCAAAGGUUUAAUCCUGGUAUUUGGCCUGUUCUUGGCCUAUGAGACGCGCUCUAUUAAAGUGAAACAAAUCAACGAUUCACGAUACGUGGGCAUGAGCAUCUAUAAUGUAGUAGUUCUCUGUCUAAUAACAGCUCCGGUGGGCAUGGUCAUUGCAUCGCAACAGGACGCGUCCUUUGCCUUCGUUGCUCUAGCUGUGAUAUUCUGUUGUUUCCUAAGCAUGCUGCUGAUAUUUGUGCCAAAGGUAAUUGAGGUCAUACGACAUCCGAAGGAUAAAGCUGAAUCGAAGUACAACCCUGAUUCGGCCAUAUCGAAAGAGGAUGAGGAGCGUUAUCAGAAACUGGUUACCGAAAAUGAGGAAUUGCAACGUUUAAUAACACAGAAAGAGGAAAAAAUACGAGUCCUGCGACAGCGGUUGGUGGAACGAGGCGACACCAAGGGCACAGAACUGAAUGGGGCAACAAGUGCCGCCUCUGCCACCGGCGCUGCGUCAUCUUCGCAGCCCGCUUCUCUCAUGAGCACAUCCGCACAUGCCACACCUGCUGCUACACUCGCAAUCACACAAGAGAUUUUAGCCAUUUUCGUGGGUAUUGACACAAUUGAUUAGGACCAGCCGAUGGAGUUCAAAGAUACUCAUGAGCAUCGUACAUGAAAAAACUUGUCAAUUUCCUUUGCGUGAUAGGUGAAUUAUACAGAAAAUUAUAAAAAAUAUAAAAUGCAAACAAAAGUGACGUCUGACAGGAGAAGGAUUUAAUAAAAAGGAUGAAGCGUACUUAAUAAACUUUGUAUCAACUUUAAGCUGAGCUAAAUAAGUGAAUUGGUAGCAGCAAUUUUGUAGAAUAAUGAAAUAUGUAUUGUACCUUAAACGUGUUUAGAAUUAAUAUUGAAAAACGAAAUACUUUUAACUUAAAACAUAAAACAGAUAAAACAAAAAUCGCUAUAGCGUCUGAACUAAGCAAAUUGUUAGGCUUUAAUGUUGAAACCGAAAACCAAAAAGUUGUAGUAAGUCGAUGAAAUACCUAAGUAAAGAUCAUGUUAAAGUUAGUCAUUUUUAAAGAAAACACAAUGAGGGUAAAGAAACUGUUGCGUUUUUAGUGAAUAUUGUUUUUGGUUUGAACCUCUUUUGCUCAGUGCUGUCUCCUAGAGCUCUCUAUAUUGUAUGCAUAGAUGAAAAUAUUUAGAAAAGAUCACCCAAAAUGGCGGCCUUCUCCCAUUUCCUUAAGUUAUGAUUUUAGGCAGAAUUUUCGAUUCGAACCCAACCCCACUCCUAGACUUCAGGAACCAAACUAUACUGUAUGUACAUCUCUCAGACCUCCAUAGCAUGGGGGAUUCGGCUUGAUUCCUUAUUAGCUAAGUUAGCUUUAGAAAGUUUGUAUAGAUCCUUGUGUGUGUCCGUGUGAAAAAGUGCACUCGAUAAAAAGUUUUAAUAGUUUACAAAUCGUAAAUCGUAAAUAGCACAAAUCGAAUGAAAAGUCUAGCAAAUCGUAGUUAAUGAAGGAAUAUGUAUACAUAUAGGCAUAGACUAGUGUAGCAUCAAAAAUGAAUAUUACAUGAGACGGUAGAUGGGGUGGUUCAUGGCUCAAGCAACGUUUUAAUUUUUAUGUACUGUUAUACAUAGACAAAUUAAACCAGUAAUGAGACGUUUUUGAACCUACUGUAAGUUCUAAAAUUGCAUUUAUAAAGAAUAUAUAUAUUAUACACAGGAAAUAAAAAAGGAAACCGAACAUAAAUGAGCGCAUCGUUAUAUAGGAAUUGACUUUAUUUAAACUAAAACUAAAAGAAAAAACAAAAAAAAAUACGGAAGCCUAUUGAAAAAGAUGAACUCACUCAAUCACUCACCAUUACAUACAGUCUUUCACUCACCUUUGAAAUAAUUCAAAUCUUUAACUUAAAUCACCAAUAUCACAUUUUCACAUCCAAUCACUCCACUAAAAAUGAACAAAAAUCCAUAACGAAAGUGCUAUAAAAAAAACAUACAUAGACAACAUCAAAUUCCUACGAAAUGAAAGACUUUAAAAUCUAAGCCGUUAAAUGAAUGGAAAAUAAAGUAAAAGAAUUGAGAACUAUACACACAAUGAUAAACAAUGAUUAUAUAUAAUUAUUGAAAUAUAUAUAUAUAUAUGAAAUUUACACACUUGGCAAGAUACAUCUCUAGUACAUUGUAAUUUGUUAAGGAUCGUUGGAAUUUGUAGUUUAAUUGGAUUGUAUUUCAUACACAUACCAUAUAGGGAACGCUGUUAGGGUAGACGUGUAACUCGAAAUCAUGUAUAUUGUAUAUAGAACAUUUAGCUGCGACUCCUAAAAAAAUGAAAAUAAAAUAAAAACCGUAAAAAAAACACAACCAAAACCAGGCCAACAAUUGCAAUAUUAAAUGGUAAUCAAAUAUUAAUUUUCAAAUCCGCGCAUCGUUUAAUUUGCUUUUAUCCUUGAAUCACAGCCGAAAGAAGAACUUUUAGUAAAUUAAGACACACUUUAGCCAAGCUAAUUGUUGUAAAAUAAAAACGAGUAAAUAGUAAAAACAGAAAAACAAAAUAAAUCCAGAUUUAUUUCAAAUAAAAAACACAAAGCAAGUGAAAAUCUACUGUUAGUGACAAAAAAAUAAUCGUAAAACCAGAACAAAUGGUAGCAAUAUGCAGGAAAAAAAGGUCAAAGUAUAAAAAACUCGGUAUGUUCUUAUGAAUGUAACAUUAACGAAUUAAUUUAAAGUUUAAUAAAACGGAAUAAAUGAGAAUUUUACUGAAUAAAAAAACCAAACAGAAUUCAAGAAAUACUUGUGUUUCAUUUUAUUGAUUGGAACCUGGAGUGACCAUUCCCAAUGUUUUAUUUAUACAUUUUAUUUGCUUCCAUUUAUUCACCCACAAAUAUUCUUUCUUAAAAUGCAAAUCACUUUCGAUAAACCAACAUUUUAUUUUGCAUUUUGCACUCGUGCCGCAUUUUUAAUAAGGGAUUCAAUAACCUUUUGCAUUAAAUCAACAGAUGGAUUAUUAAUGCAAUCGGAACAUUCUAACUUAUUAAAAUGUUGAAUAAUUCAUUAUGAUUAUUUACAAGUUCAUAGCUAGAAAGUGACUCAAAGUAUUCAGAUUCAUUUCAAAUUCUUUCCGAGUCAUUUAAUGAAGUUUGAAGGCCAUGAAUUUUAAGGCCUAUGAUUGUUCACACUUCUAAAAUAAUUCACUGUAAGAUGGGCUGGCUACAGGUAUGAAUGAAGUAACCCUGAAUGAUAUUUAAAGCUAUCCGAGUCGGAAUAAUUUUUAUAGAAUAUUGACUCCU